AUGACCCACGAAUUCCCUGAAUUGCGUAAGUACGACCCAGAACCGUCUAACGCCAGUGUCGCACGAACAAAUGAAAGAACACCAGAUCCCGCUGCCGUUCCGGGACAGGUGCGCAGGACUGCUGGUCCCGCUCAACAAGUGCCGUCAGGAGGGGUGGUAUCUGCCCUGGAACUGCGUCCACGAGAGACACGCGUACGAGGAGUGUCAGUAUCUGGACUUCAAGAGACGCGUCAAGGAGCUCGAGGAGCUGAAGAAGGCUCGCUCGAGCUGAGCGGCGACGUCCAGCGCCAUUUGCAGAACCUGCAGGAGAGAACCAGCGCAAAAAGACCCGAAACUGUCCAGCCCGCCACGGAACAAGAGCCCUCGCUUAAGUACGGCUCGUCGCCCCUCAGACGGGCCAUCACGGUGUCGUCGCAGGACUCCUCCGACGACGCGUCCACCGAGUCCGAACCGGCGCAGCUCCGGCGCACAAGUACCGUCCAGACGGCCGACUCGUCGCUCUUCAGCCACCUCACCCAAAUAUACACAAACACAACGCUUCCGACACAGGUUUCCGAGCCGGCGGCUGUUCCCGAGGGAUGUAUAUCGCUUGCGGACGCGCUGCCGCACGACUUCCGAGACUACUAUUCGCCCGAUCUGCAGACGUUGCGGUUUCCGAACGGACGCCCCACGUUCACGAAACGGGGGCUGCGCGACUGGGAGCUGAACGACCUGCGGUCGCUGCUGAUAGUGGACGGGCUGCGGCCCGAGUGGCAUGGCAAGGUCCCGCAGGUGGUCUCGCCGUACCCGACGAUACCGCUGCGCAUCCAGGUUCUUCCCCUGGACGCCACCGACGCGGAGUAUGUGCAGCUGCUGGCAAGCUCGGACAUCUACAAGGAGAGCCGGUUUGACGAGGAUUUCCGGCGCAAAACAGCAAACUACAUCGUGCAGCAGGCGCGGCAGCGGCACGCCAGCCAGUUCCAGAGCAGCGUGUUUCUAAAAUACGAGUGGAGAAAUAUCGUGGAGAAUUAUUUGCUCAACCUGGCAAUCGAAAACCAGUGCCGGUACGAGUUCAAGGUGAAGAUCAGCGGGCUGAAAAAGCUGAAACACGAGGGCACCCAGCGCGAGGAGGUGCUGUACAAAAAGGCUCUGAAAAACCGCAUCGAGCUGACCGACGAGGUCAAGUUCCAGGUCUGGCAGGAGGUCCAGCGGAGCGUGUACAAGAGUUUAGGCAGUGUAUGA